GAUCAAUAUCUCACCCCCACGCGAAUCUGAGUGCUAUCCCCAGUUGCUAAAGAUUUUCGCAAACCAAUUUUCGGUUUUGUAAGUGACUAACAAACUUGAUGUACUUCUAUUUACUUGAUUUUAUCGUUUUAGUGAACAGUUUGAUUAGUUUUUCAUAUCGUUAGAAUAUUCAACGUAUAAUUUCCAUAUAAUUUUUGAAAAAUGGAUCUCGAAGUGUGAACUACGCGGAAGAUCGUGCAAAGAAUGAUGCAAAAAGUGAUGCCGGAAAACCAGCGGUCAGCGUGUUUCCGCGUAUGGAAAACGCUGAUAAUGAAUAAUUAUCAAAUCGAACAUCAUAUUUUAUAUUUAAGAAAAACUCAAAUGAUUAGAGAGGCGUAUACACAGUAAUCGUUCUAAUGCUGAGAAAGCACUUGGCAGCUGUACAAUUGUGUCCAAGGAAAACAUAAUGUUCAAUUACCAAAUAGGUGCUGCGCCAAAAUACUACCUCUGUUAUAUGUACAAAGUUACAAAAUUGAUUGUGUUAGAAGUAAAAUAAAAAAGAAUAAAAUUAUAUAUGUAAAGAGACAUACAUACACAAACGAACACACACGUACACACUCAUAUAUAUAUAUAUAUAUAUGUACUUGUAUACAUAUAUGGAUACAAAUAUAAAAAAAGAAAUAUAUAUUCUGAUGUAAAAGUAUUCACACGUGAAUGAUAUAGCAGAGUAAACUAGUACUUCUUCCUCGAUGUGUGUCCUUCUAUUCGACGAUGUAUUACUUUCGAACAAUAUGGAAAGAGGACAUUCAAUAUCAAUAGUUAUUUGACAAAUGUAUAGAAACAAAAGAUAUACAGAUAGUUCAAAGGAAUCAACUAUUAAUUAAAUAAAAAUGAGCGUACCAUAUGAUGAAAACUUGGUAUGGAUAGUGGUGAUUGGAUUUUUAGUGGCCUUUGUUUUGGCAUUUGGAAUUGGAGCUAAUGAUGUUGCCAACAGUUUUGGGACAAGUGUUGGUGCUGGAGUACUUACAAUAUUCCAAGCUUGUAUUUUAGCAACUAUAUUCGAAAUUGCUGGAGCUGUACUCAUUGGCUAUAAGGUUUCUGAUACGAUGAGAAAGGGGAUAUUAGAUGUUACGUUGUACGAAGGCCAUGAAAAAGAAUUAAUGAUAGGAGCAUUAUCUAGCUUAGCUGGAUCUGGUAUCUGGCUUAUGCUAGCAACUGCAUUACGAUUACCUAUUUCUGGAACACAUUCCAUUGUUGGUGCUACAGUUGGAUUUUCACUUGUGUGUAGAGGUACUGCAGGGGUGAAGUGGAUAGCCCUUGCAAAUAUAGCUGCAUCUUGGUUUGCUAGUCCUGUACUUAGUGGAAUUGUAUCAGGUGCUAUAUUUUGGCUUCUAAGAAAAUCAGUACUCCAAGCGAAUAAGCCCCUGGAACAAGGUCUCCAUGUUCUCCCAUUAGCAUAUGGUCUCACUGUUGCUAUUAACGUUAUGUCGGUUAUACACGAUGGACCUAAACUUUUAAUGCUCGAUAAAUUGCCAUGGUGGGGUAGUUUAAUAGCCGCGGUAUGUUUCGGUUCAAUUUCGGCUGCUAUUGUUUAUUUAUUUGUCGUACCAUGGCAAAAGAAGAGAAUAUUACUUUCACUAAAUAGCAACGAAAAUACCACAACAAAGUUUGGUACCUGUGAUAAAAAAGAAAUUACAGCAUUAUCUGUUAUAUCAGAAGCCCCACAAAGUAGUAGUAGUAGUAGUAGCAAUGGUAAUGCCAAAGAAGCAGCACCAAAAUUACGCGGUAACAGUAGUGCAAGUCCUUUGUUAAUGGCAUCAGGAUCAGAUACUGAGGGUGCUAAAGCUGAAGCUGAAAGGAAAAAUGAAGAACCACCCGAAAUAUCUAAAUUAUUUGCUUUUCUGCAAGUACUGACUGCUGCAUUUGGUAGUUUUGCACAUGGUGGUAAUGAUGUCAGCAAUGCAAUUGGGCCACUUAUUGCACUUUGGGCUGUAUAUGCAGAGGGAUCGGCUAGACAAGAAGCAGAAACUCCAUUACUUAUAUUACUUUAUGGUGGUCUAGGGAUAUCAACUGGUCUUUGGAUGUGGGGACGCAGAGUUAUACAAACAUUAGGUCAAGAUUUAGCACGCAUUACACCAACAACUGGAUUUACUAUAGAGGUAGGAGCAGCAGUGACAGUUUUGUUGGCAAGUAAGGCUGGUUUACCUGUGUCAACAACACAUUGCAAAGUGGGAUCAGUUGUCUGUGUGGGAUGGGCAUCGCGUGGCGGUGAGGGCGUGUCAUGGAAAUUAUUUCGUAAUAUUGCAUUUGCAUGGUUGAUCACCGUGCCAAUAGCCGGCUGCUUAUCCGCAGGGUGUAUGGCUAUUUUCAAAGAAAUAAUUAGUAUGUGACUUCAUAAUCGAGGCAACUAACAAAUUUUAGUGAAAACCAUCCAAUGCUACUGUUGUCAAUAAUUUAUGCAGAAAUAAAUGAUCAAAUAACUA